AUGUCGGAUUCGUCUGCUACCACGCACAUUCCAAACGUAUCUACUCAUAGAAUAUCUCAAUACAAAUUCCAACCAUCGCUCAGUCAAGAUGUACGACGCCAAAGAGCACUCGAAUUCCAAAAGAAGCGACGGUUGCAACAAGUCGAUGCUGCUAGAAAACUAACCGAAAAGCUUUUGAAGAUUGAUGCUGAGGUUGAUUCUGUGGAAUUUGAUGUAUCAGCAAACUAUCAAGCAUUGGUGCAACCACAAUCGCAAUAUGUGGAUGCAAUGGAAAUUACAGAUCCUAAUCUGACUAUUGGAUCGCUUCAAUCUGGAUCCAAUGUUACUGCUCAAACGGUUGAACAUCAACUCAUGGUCAUGUUACCAGAACCUUUAAUGGAGAUUCCUUUAGAUUUUACUAGUGGGUGGUUGGCCAUGGUUUUUCCUCAAGGAGAGCGAUGUUUGAUCAUAUCUUCUCGUGGGAAAACAAUCAGCAGAAGAGCCCAUGGCCAGAAAAUUGAGUCUUUUUUAUCUUGCUUACCUGGAGGAUCGUAUGCAACCAUACAAUAUUGGUUACAUUCAAAGAUCUCUGAAGUAGAUGUAGGUCGUAGAACCAAAGCAAAUCAACGAUGUAUACUGCCUCUCCAGACCAAAGAAUGCACGCCCGACAAUCUAAAGCUGCUCGUAGCUCAAGCAGAACUUGACUCUAUAGCUGCUGGACUAUUUUUAAUUAAUAAGCAAUGCAUGUAUGCACCAGGGGAAAAAACGCCUUUGUUUUGUGCUGUUGCCUUUCCAGGACGGUCUUGUGAAAUGGACGAGGAAGCUAAAUCAUAUGCCAUAUUUCAAGCAUGGUUGUCAUCUUGA